CCAUCCUCAGUGCGCACGGGGCACGCUCCUCUCUCUCGGAGUGGAUGAGAAAGUCACUUGGGACAAGCCGCUCGGGAGAGUAAAGACCUUAUGAAGUUUUUGUUAAUGAGAUUUGUUUACUGCAGGCACAAUGAAAAACUGAAGAAGAUCAGAGGAGUUGACUUACUAAACUGAAUUUCCAGUGGAGUUUCCAGUGGAUCUUAACGCACUUAGGCCACAAUGGAACAGGAGGACACAAUGGACUUCAAGGCCCUGAGGGCUAAGUUCCAGGAUGAAGAACUGCUCCUGAAGCAACCAAAAACAAAACCUGCUCUACCAGAGAAACCCAAGGUCGUCCCCCCUCCACAGAGCCCUACUUACCACCUUCCUGCAGGGGCACGCCCUUCACUCCUCACCUCCAUCAACCAGAGUUUGGAGGGAAAGACCCCCAUCGCCCCCAGAGUGGUCUUCAAAGAUGACAAGAAGGAGAGCAAAAAGCCCCUCAUUCAAUCUAACUCUAAGGGAAAGGAGAAGAGUGAGGGGAAGCUGAAAGGCAAGACGACAAAGGGAGGUAAAGAAAAGCCUGAUGCAAAUGGAAAGACAGAUUUGUUGGAUCAGAAACAGAAGGCUGAAAGCCGUACAGACAAAAAGCUGCUCCCUGACCUGCCUAAAGCAGCCACUGGUGAGCUGGUGCCAGCUACACCACCACCUAAAGCCACAUCAUCCAAGAAGAAGGGCUUCCUGGGCUUCAAGAAAUCUGUGAAAAAAGAGGUGACUGAGGUCGCAACUGAUCCCAUCCUAGAUGCUCCCAGCCCAGAUGUUCCUGGACUAGCUCCACUCAUCCCAGUGCCCUCUAACUUUGAUGACGCAACCCCAGAGCCUGCUGCUGAAACCCAGCCACCAAAGGCCCUUUUACCAGAGAUUCCUACCUUACCUGACUCCGAUAUUGCAGCAACUGUUACCCAACCCUCCCCUAUCCCUGACUCCGCUGACAUCAACUCUCCUCCUGCCUUUAUUCCUGGUACCCCAGCUCUGAAAGCCCGCACCCCAGAGAAUGAAACCCCACCUGAGAUAGAAACUCCUGUUGCACCUGUUUCACUCUCUCCUACACCUGCCACCCCAACCUCUGACAUUCUCACCCCACCCAGCCCAGUCCCAAGCCCACCAACAAGGCAUACACAACUUGUUGUCUCCAGCCCUCCAUCUGCCUCUACUCCAUCUCCACCACCACCUGAGCCUGAGGUUGCAGCUGUGGCUGAGGUAGAGGUAACAGAUACAGCUGCAGUGGAGAAACCCCCUAGUCCAGCCAAAGACCCUCCAUCAUCUCCUAAAGCUGAGCGUUCAAUCUCAGCACUCUCAUUCCUCGAGCGUGCAGAGGAGAUGAGCCCAGUGAAGAGGUCCACUCCAGCUGAUCAGAGGAUCUUGAAUGCUCUGGAGAAGGCACGUAGGAAGACCAUCAGCCCACAAACCAACAACACCUCAUCCUACUCCAUCACCCCACCACCUGAGGAACUCCCUCCACGCCAAAGCCCCACCCUCUCCGUCCCAGAACUACCACCAAUUGACUAUGAAGAUCAGGCGGGGAAUGCCCUCGCAGUGAAACCAGUGGAGGUCAAUGGGAUUGAGCACAUAUCGGAGGGUGUUCCUGAAGAUGGGCCUGACCCCAUCCCAGAGCUGAUGAUAGUCCCACCUCCUCCACCCAGAAAGACACUGCCGGAACCUCCAGGCCCAGCCCCACAGAAGCCUCCCAGACCUCCCACUGUCGACCUGUCCUCCUUCCUGCCUCCUGCUCUGGAAGAUAAUGAGAUCCCUGCUCCUCCCCAAUUUUCAGAGGCAGACACCAGCGCAGAGAUCCCAGAAUUUGAGAGUUCUGAUGCUUAUUCCCCAGAGCUGCCAGUGUCAGAGUGGGGGAAUGGGGAGUAUGCUGGUCCAGACAGUCCAGAUAGACACACCCUUCCAGAGACUAUGAAUGACUUCUACAGUAAUGGGAUAACUGCUCCAGAGGUCCAUGGAGAGCCAGAGUUUGGAGUGGAAUUCCAAGAUAUUCCACAAUAUGAGCCGGCGGUGAAAGUGGUUGACUCACCCUCUCCUGUCAGUCACGACACUCAACCAACCCCAGGACCCCAAGUGGAAGAUGGCACCAAAGAGACCGGCGACGGUGUGUACGAGGACAUCAUCACAACUACCACCAAAAAGAAAGGAAAGAGUGAGGGUGGAAAGAAACGCAAAGGACCACCAAAGAAUCCAUAUGCUGAGACACCACAACCAACAAAUGAAGAGAAAGUCAAGACAGGCAGGUUCGGCAAAAAUGAUAAGAAAACCACUCCGGAAGGGCCCGAUGAGAAAGAGCUGAAAAAGAAAGAGAAACAGCGCCUGGAAAAGGAGAAGAAAGAGCUGAAGGAGCAGAAAGAAAGGGAGAAGAAAGAG